GAAAAGUCGUAACAAAGGGAUAAUCAACAAUAUAUAGUUUAUCAAUACUCGUAUUUAAAACGAUGUUUGAAUAAAUUCAUGAGGUUUAUGACUCGCUUUAGUAAAUAGAUUCCUAUAAAGUUGCAACAAUUUCGUACUAAUUUGCAGCCAAGAUCAAUCGUUACUACCGUCGCUUAGUCUGUAAUUGUACACGUAUUUUCACUAUUUCUAUUCAUAGGAUUUGUUGAAAAUGUGACGUGUUGUAAUAAAAUUUAAACUGUACGUAACUCACGGUUUGCAAAGCCUUACAUGCUCUGCUCUUUACUUCUCGUAGGAUCACUGCCACCGCUGCCGCUGGAACUCGACGAUGGAGAACGUGCACGUUUUAAUUUCACUUUUAACAAAAUCACUUACGUUCUCCAUUUUCGGAGAGGUUUAUUCACACAGAAAAUAUAAAAUGUGCACCUAAUAUGUAGGUAUAAAUUGUUUUUUCCGUGAUCACAAUGGCUGACAUGUGAACGGCGUGAAAAAACGACGCUUAAUGGCGAACAUUCACUCGGCUCGCUACGGUCACUUGUACAUAGGUAUUAGGUUGCGGCAAGGGGGCGCCACCAUCGGAGAGGUGAUUUUAGCUGACAUCCGGCAAGGAAAGAUGAGUGCUUCUCUCAAGAUGGAUUCCGGACAUUGAUACGAAACAAAUAAUAAAAAAAAUAUAAAAAGUAUUUGAUUUUAUUGGAAAAUAUUAUUUCUGCAUUUGUACAUUUAGAAAACGGUACUUUUAUUUAAAUAACCUCACCAUCCUGCACAGAUAAUUAGAUUUUCUGAUUCAAUACAUAAUGUAAAAUGCAGAUUGCAGCCGUGAGACAAUUUUUUUUACGGAGUGAGCAGAACUGGACAGUAAAAUGAUAGUAAAUACAUAGCAAGAUACAGAAUAACUGAAGAAUAUCAAAAUGGCAAAAACAAAGCGCGUGUAUGGAGAGUAUAAAUGCAAAAUAUGCAGCAAGCUGUUCUCGGAGAAGGCAGGUCUGGCCCAGCACGUGCAGCUGCACACCGACGCGCGCCCGUUCGCGUGCCGCCUGUGCACUUACACGGGCAAGACCAAGAAGUACCUGGCCCGGCACGCCGCGCGAGUGCACAGGCAGCCGACGGCGCACCAGUGCCGCGUGUGCGACAAGAUGUUCCACUACAAGUGCAACCUGGUCAAGCACAUGUAUGCGCAUACGAACGAGAGACCAUUUAAGUGUGAAGUGUGCAAUAAAGGCUUCAACUCUACAUACUCGCUGUCUUCUCAUCGGCACGUGCACACAGGCGCCAAGCCGUACAAGUGCAGCUACUGCGAGUACGCGUGCCGCGACAACUCGACGCUGCGCAAGCACCACGAGCGACACGCGGGCGUCACGCGCGUGUUCCAGUGCACGCAGUGCGACAAGACCUACAAGACCAAGAGGAUCCUGAAGACGCACGUGGCGGAGGUGCACCUGAAGAGGGACGUCAAGACCAUGCCGUGCCCUCACUGUGACAAGAUGUUCAAGUCUGUCAAACUGCUGAACAACCACGUGAGACAGACCCACCUGCGGCUGUACGCCUGUCAGUGCGAGAUCUGCGGCGUCACCCUCGCCAGCAAGUACAACAUGACCACACACCUCACGUCGCACAUCGACUACCGGCCCUUCGCCUGCAGCUUCACCGGCUGCGACAAGCGGUACAAGGACAAGGCGGCGCUGAAGAAGCACGCAAUAGUGCACUACCCCGAGCGGCAGUUCCCGUGCGACGUGUGUCACAGGACGUUUACGCGCCCUCACCGACUGCUCGCGCACCGCAAGCAGCACGCGCCCAAGCGGAAAACCGUAUUUUGUGACUACUGCGGGAAAGGCUUCUACAACAAGAACUACGUGCGUUCGCACAUAACACGCAAACACAUGUACAGACAGCACUACAUAUGCGAUAUAUGCGGUCUGCUCACUUACAACAAGCCGAGCAUCGUGAUGCAUCUCAAAUAUGGACACGUCUCGGAAAUGGACAGGAAGUGCAAGAUAUGCAAGAAGACGUACAAGAAGCACAUAUAUCUGAAGUCCCACUACUGGAACACGCACAGCGUGCGAUACAAACUCAACUACAGAAGAUCCAGAGGAAGAAAACUCAAAAUAGUGUCAAAUGAAACGAAUGAGGAAAGCAAUAAUAUAUCACUACAGCAUGAGAUCAAGGUGGAACAUCUAAGUGAAUCGGAGGAAACCACAGAGCUGUCGCUGCCAGAGGCGAAUGGUGGCAGCACUGCUGCAGCGGUCAAGUUCACAGACUUCAUAGAGCGUAUCAUAAUGCCCACCGUGGGGGAUGAGGAUGUGUUCAGUAAAGAGGCAGGCAUAUACGUGGACGUGACGAGCCAGCAAGAGGCGGACCGAGUUCGCUCGGAGAUGAUGAGACGCUGGAGGCAGAACGGUGGCACCAAACCGAUGAAGAGACUGCAGAGGCAUUACAACAGUGUCCUCAAGAAACGGGAUUUUAGUAAAGUUGUUAACGAGAAAAUAGAAAUAACAGUAUUCAGUGAAACGGAAUCCACCGUACCUAUCAGCGAAUACAAAAAGACAUUUAAUACAAAUGAUUCAAUUGUAGAAACCUCAAACAGUAUUAAAGAUAGUGAACAUUCGAAAAAUAAUCAUUUAUCAUCCGUGACUGAUGAACACUUGAAUGGAGACAUAGAAAAGAUUAAAAAUGAUGAUGAAAAUAGUUUACCUAAUGAAACAGAUAGAGAAAUAAGCGAGCAUGAUACUGAAAAAAGCAAAAAUGGUGUAAUAGUUGACAUAAAUCAAUAUUUACCAUCUGAAAAUGAUAAACAUGAUAAGGAAUCAUUCGCAAAUGAUGCAAGUAUACGUGAUGAACUAAGUAAAGCAGCUGAAGGUAGUUAUGAAAAUGAUGAAAACACUAGGGAGUUCACAGAAAUAAUUUCUAGUGAAAAUAUAGGUUACGAGAAUAGUUUAGCAGAAUUGGUAAAAGUAAGAAAAAGGAAAUGUGUUAGAAAUACAAAAGAUAUUAAUUAUAUAGAUACUGGUGAUGACGGUGAAAGUGAUAAAAUGAUUAAUAAUGAAAAGAUUCCACCAGAAAAUGAUGUAAUAACAGGCACUAGUAACGGAGAUAUACAUAUCGGAAAUAAUAAAUUAGAAAUAGGAAAUAAAAGAAAACCUCGCAAUACUAAGUGUAAAAGAACUCCUAAAAAGAAAGGCAAUAUUCCUAAAUCUAGAUCAUCGAUCAAAAGUAAUGAUGCUUUAGAAAAUGAUCAGUCAAACUCUAGAGAAGAUAAAAUAGGUGCAACAGAAAAUGAUGCAAAUUCAACUGAUGUAGCUAUAAAUUAUUUAGAUACACAUAUAAAUAAUAUUGAUAAUUUAGAACCUAGUAAAACAAAAGCUUUAGACGUAAAUAUUCAAAACGAAGGCAAUAGUACUGAAACUAAUAAAGAAAUAUCAUCACCCCAAAUUGAUGAAACUUUAGAAAAUCAAACAAAUCCUAAAGAAGAUGCAAUAAAUAUUGAUAAUAGUUUAGAAUAUACAGCCACUAACAGACCAAGAAGAAGUGUUAGAAAUAUAAAGAAGAACGUCAAUAAGGAUUUCGUCAGUCAUAUGGAUGAUGAUAAUGAUGAUGAAGAUUGUGAUGAUGAUGAUGAGUUUGUACCUGAUAAUGAUGACGCUGAUGAUGAUAAGGAUGAUGAAGACCGUGAUAAUGAUGAUGGCGAUGAAAAUAAUAAAUCUAAUAAAUUCAAAAUCAACACGCACCAAUGCUACGUUUGUUUUAAGUUGUACGAAACUAAAGAGAAGCUACUCAACCACUGCAAGGAACAUUUCGACGUGUGCAAUAUGAAGAUGUUGAAGAAAUGUCCACUUUGUGACUACGUCACCGAACUGGACCUGGUCAGACAUGUUCGUAUCACACACAAAAUCAAUUUAAACUAUCUAUAUGGAACGUUGAAAGAUAGAAAAAACAAUAACACGAAAUCUAGAUUUUAUUUCAAUGUAAAAAAUGAUAGUGUUGAUGAAAUAGAAGUAAUACCGAGUAUAAAGAACUUGAACAGACAGGCGGCUCUUAGAAUUGAUAAGAAGAGAAAAGAAAAGAAUGACAAAGAAGUAAAAAAGACUAAGUUAGUCAAGAAAGCUGGAGAGUGGAUCGUAGAGAAGGUAUUGAUUAAUACUAAGAAAGGUAACUACGUUUUGCCAGAUGAAGUUGAGGAAUCACUCAAGAAUGAUCAAAAUAAAGACAAAAAUGAUGAAAAUACAGACAAAAAUGAUGGAAAUAAAGAUAAAAAUGACAAAAAUACAGACAAAAACGAUAAAAAUACAGACAAAAACGGUAAAAAUACAGACAAAAAUGAUAAAAAUGCAGGUAAAAGUUGUGGAAAUACAGACAAAAAUGAUGGAAAUAAAGACAAAAAUGAUAGAAAUACAGACAAAAGCGAUAAAAAUACAGACAAAAACAGUAGAAAUACUGACAAAAAUUAUAAAAAUGCAGGUAAAAGUUGUGGAAAUAGAGACAAAAAGGAUGGAAAUACAGACAAAAGUGAUGAAAAUGAUGGCAAAGAACUGGAAAAUGAGGAUUAUUGUGUUAAAAUGCAAAAAUUGAGUCGGAUAGCGAAGAAAAAUGGACAAAUCAUGCUGUUCCCUUGUGAGAAAUGCGAGAAAAUAUGUCAAACUUUCAGCGCAUUGAAACUGCAUAUACGAAGACACGAUCCAAACGCUAAGCCAUUCAAAAAGAAAGUGUGGAAACACAAACUAAGUGAGGAAGAGUUGAGAAAACAUCAAGAAAACAAAGAAAAGGAACGAAACAAACAUUUCAAAAACAAAAAUAGGUACCAGAAACCAAAACCGAUAGUGCACAAACAUAAAUGCGAUCCAAAACUCAAAGAUUUUUACGAGAAAAACAUAAAAGGCGGCGACAUAGAAUUUUGGCAGUUUUUGAAAAUUUUUAACAAAAUGUCUAGAGAAAAUGUGAACGAUUUCACAGAUUUGGAAAAUCGUCCCGAAUUCGGACUUCAUUAUGGUAAUUCAAAAUCGAAUCCGCCUCAAGAAUCCAUUGAUCUAAAUAAAUCUGAUUUAAAUCCACAUAUUGUGGCUAAAUCUGGUUUGAAACCAAAAAAAAAUAAUUCCAAAACUCUCGAUAAAACGAAGGUAGUUAAAGGUAGUUUUAAAAGGAAAAUAUUAAUAAAUAAAAAAGACUAUUUAAAGAGGAAAAGAAUGAAAGAAUUACUCCGGCAAAAAUUAGUCGAUAAAAGCAAUAUAAAGUUAAGGAGCCCAUGACUUAAAAAUGGGAUUUACUCAAACAUUGUCACUAUUAGAUUUGGUAGAUUAGAUAAUACUUCCUAUUAUAUACAGGGUGUCCCGUAAAUAUAAAAUACUUUUACAGUGAACAGAUGGCCUAGUGGCAGUUUGAUACUGUUACUAUCGCGUUAACGUAAAUGCGAAUUUCUAAGGGAUUGAAACAGCGCCAUCUAGCGGCACAACUGCACAAUUGUUUCAAUUCCAUAUAUAUUCGCGUUUACGUCAAUUUUUAAGGUUAUCUUAUAAACAGGGUGUCCCGUAAAUAGUAGGUACGACAUACUCUACAGGGUUAUAGCUAUAUCAAGGCAUCUAUUUUCACAUCAAUGUAACUUUAAAACCGUUAAAUUUCGGUUAACAUCAUCAUUAUCAACCCAUAUUCGGCUCACUGCUGAGCUCGAGUCUCCUCUCAGAUGAGGGGUUAGGCCAAUAGUCCACCACGCUGACCCAAUUCGAAUUGGCAGACUUCACACACGCAGAGAAUUAUGAAAAUUCUCUGGUAUGCAGGUUUCCUCAAGAUGUUUUUCCUUCACCGUUUGAGACACGUGAUAUUUAAUUUCUUAAAAUGCACACAACUGAAAAUUUGGAGGAGGACCGGAUUCGAACCCACACCCUCUGGAAUCAGUGGCAGAGGUCAUAUUCACUGGGCUAUCACGGCUCAAUAUUCCGUUAUUUCAGUAGACCUUGAUGCCAGCUAUCGCCCUGUAGAGUAUAUCGUACUAAUUACGGGACACCCUGUAUAUAAGACAACCUUCAAUGACUUGUUUACUGGAUCAAAGUAUUAAAUUAAAUAUGUCAAUAAAAUCCUCACUGUACAUCCCAUAAUAUCUUCAUCGGCUUCCAUACUAUAGUUAAUUAUACUAAGUUUAUUUAAUUUGGUCAGAAGUAUAAUUUUAUUUAAAUAUUAUUUUAAAAGAAUGAAAUUUAAGUUUCACUUUUUUGUGAUUUCAAGUAUCAAUUAGGUAUUUUUUUUUAAUAAUACACGUCAUCGUAUUCAAGUGGCAAAAUAUAAAAAUGAUUUAAAAUUACCUUUAAUGGUUUUCUGGAUUAAAAUUAAUUUGUAAUGUUUUUUUUAUAUUUUUUAAUUAAGAAAUAAUAUCGAAAAUUGCAAAGAACCGUCGGGAAUUAACAAAUGUCUGUCUGUCUGUCAUAAUAAUAACGCAAAGCAUAAUAUUACACUAUUUAACAAAAAUUGGUGUUUUAAUAAAAAAAUUGACUUUACUAUGUAAAUGUACUCCCAAAUGAAUUUGACUUUCGACUUUGCUUUACAAAAUAAUUAUGCACUCCCAAAGUCUUAAGCUAUGCUAUUUUAGGUCCAAUGACAAUUGUUUUAUUUCACUUUCUAUGUGUUAAUCACAGAAUAAAUAAUGAUGCAGAAUGAGUCUACAAGCAGCGUGGUAAAGCCGAUGAAACCCAUAAAAACGAAAUAUCACGCGUCUCCUGGACAUCCGAAUACACAAACUUUUUUCUUAUUUUGUGUUUCAGAAUUUAACAAUAACAACAAUUAAGUAAAUUUAUAUAAUAAUCAAUAAUUACCAAUAAAAAAAAUACUACAUCUUAUUUCUUUACUUUUUGUGAACAGUUUUUAAAAUAUUUAAAACAAUCCAUUUUCCUUGAAUCAUAUUAAAAAUUAGUGAUGCGACGCUUCGCGUCGUACUGACUCGAGAAUGAUUUUUUUUUAUUCUGUACAAGUUGGCCCUUGACUACAAUCUCACCUGAUGGUAAGUGAUGAUGUAGUCUUAGAUGGAAGCGGGCUAACUUGUUAGGAGGAGGAUGAAAAUCCACACACCCUUCGGUUUCUACACAUCGUACCGGAACACUAAAUCGCUUGGCGGUACGUCUUUGCCGGUAGGGUGGUAACUAGCCACGGCCGAAGCCUCCCACCAGCCAGACCUGGACCAAUUAAGAAAAUCUCAAUCUGCCCAGCCGGGGAUCGAACCCAGGACCUCCGUUUUGUAAAUCCACCGCGCAUACCACUGCGCCACGGAGGCCGUCGAAUGUAUUCGUUUUUUAAUUUUGUAUUUGGAACGGUUACGACACUGUCUUGUUACGUGCGCUCUAUCUGCCAUUUAUUCUUUAAUCUGUGGUGUUAAUGAAAUAAAAUACAAAUAUCUUGAGGUUAUUUAUUAGAUACUUAUAGUUGAAACACAGUUACUGUUGUAUUAACAUUUACAGUUUAUUUAAGUCUGAUUCAACAUCACAUUUUAUGUAGUUUUAAGUUUUCUUCCAUACUUCUUUAGUCGGUAUGAAUCUGAAAAUAAAGAUUUAAAACAGUUA